GGCGGCCGGGCGUGGGGGUGCCCGCCUGGCCUCCAGGUAGGCUGGGCCGCGACCCGGACCGCGCCGGGCGCCCAUAAGAGCCUUCUUGACUUCUAAAGAAAAUGGCAGAAACAUCACCACAGCCUUCUGAACAGCUUGUUGUUCACUCAGAUACUCACAGUGACACUGUCCUGGCCAGUUUUGAGGAUCAGAGAAAGAAAGGCUUUCUCUGUGACAUUACUUUAAUCGUGGAGAAUGUGCAUUUCCGGGCCCACAAAGCCUUACUUGCUGCUAGUAGCGAAUAUUUCUCAAUGAUGUUUGCAGAGGAGGGGGAGAUUGGCCAGUCCAUUUAUAUGCUGGAAGGCAUGGUUGCAGACACCUUUGGCAUCCUGCUAGAAUUUAUCUACACAGGUUAUCUCCAUGCUAGUGAGAAAAGUACGGAACAAAUCCUGGCUACUGCUCAGUUCUUAAAAGUCUACGACUUGAUAAAGGCUUAUACAGACUUCCAGAAUAAUCAUAACUCCCCAAAGCCAACAACUUUGAACAGAGCUGGUGCUCCAGUCGUUGUUAUUUCUAAUAAGAAAAAUGAUCCUCCAAAACGGAAACGGGGAAGACCAAGAAAAGUCAAUAGUUUGCAGGAGGGGAAAUCAGAACAGGCUGCAGAGGAAGAAAUCCAGCUAAGAGUGAACAAUUCGGUUCAGAAUAGACAAAACUUUGUUGUUAAAGAAGGAGACAAUGGUGUACUGAAUGAACCGAUUCCAGUAAAAGAAAAGGAAGGAUCUGACCCUGCUUGUGAACCAGGUAGAAUGGAGGAGAUGCCCACUGAAAAAGAUGAGAACUGUGAUCCCAAGACCCAGGAUGGGCAGGACCACCAGAGUAGAUGCAGCAAGCGGAGGAUUCGGAGGUCUGUCAAACUUAAAGAUUAUAAACUUGUUGGGGAUGAAGACGACCAGGCUUCAGCCAAGAGGAUAUAUGGAAGGAGAAAGCGCCCCAGUGGUCCUGAGGCCCGCUGUAAAGACUGUGGCAAAGUCUUUAAAUACAAUCACUUUUUAGCAAUCCAUCAGAGGAGCCACACAGGGGAGCGACCCUUCAAAUGUAAUGAGUGUGGAAAAGGCUUUGCCCAGAAGCACUCUUUGCAGGUCCACACCAGGAUGCACACAGGCGAGCGGCCAUACACCUGCACCGUGUGCAGCAAGGCUCUGACCACCAAGCACUCACUGCUGGAGCACAUGAGCCUGCACUCAGGACAGAAGUCUUUCACCUGUGAUCAGUGUGGAAAGUAUUUCAGCCAGAAAAGACAACUAAAGAGUCAUUACCGAGUUCAUACAGGCCACUCAUUACCGGAAUGCACCCACUGUCAACGCAAAUUCAUGGAUGUGUCUCAGCUAAAGAAACAUCUACGAACACACACAGGUGAAAAGCCAUUUACUUGUGAAAUCUGUGGCAAGUCUUUCACAGCAAAGAGUUCUCUUCAGACCCACAUCAGAAUUCAUCGAGGAGAAAAGCCAUACUCCUGUGGCAUCUGUGGCAAAUCCUUCUCUGACUCCAGUGCCAAAAGGAGACAUUGCAUUCUGCACACAGGCAAAAAGCCUUUCUCCUGCCCAGAGUGUAACUUACAGUUUGCUCGCUUAGACAACUUGAAGGCUCACUUGAAAAUCCACAGUAAAGAGAAGCAUGCAUCAGAUGCCAGCAGUGUUUCUGGUAGUAGUAAUACAGAAGAGGUCAGAAAUAUUCUUCAGCUACAGCCAUACCAGCUCUCUACCUCUGGAGAGCAGGAGAUUCAGCUUCUGGUAACUGAUUCUGUACAUAACAUCAAUUUCAUGCCUGGUCCUAGUCAGGGAAUCAGUAUCAUGACUGCUGAGAGUUCCCAGAACAUGACCGCAGACCAGGCUGCUAAUCUCACCCUGCUCACACAGCAGCCAGAGCAACUGCAGAAUUUAAUUCUUUCAGCUCAGCAGGAGCAAACAGAACACAUUCAGAGUCUCAAUAUGAUUGAAAGCCAGAUGGAGCCCUCACAGACAGAGCCAGUGCAUGUAAUUACACUGUCCAAGGAAACCCUGGAACAUCUUCAUGCCCAUCAAGAGCAAACAGAGGAGCUCCAUUUAGCGGCAAGUGCUUCAGAUCCAGCUCAGCACCUGCACCUGACUCAGGAGCCUGAAUCACCACCACCUACUCACCAUGUGCCCCAGCCCACUCCACUUGUCCAGGAGCAAAGCUGACCUGUGAACACGUUUGACUGCUCCAGCUAUAGCAGGAUGGUAAACUCUUGAAAUCAGGCUCUCUGAGCUGACAACUUAGGUUCUUAAAGAAAUGUGAUAGCCAUAAGAUGUUUAUAAUGUGCUCUGUCUGGGCAGCUAAACAUGUUGUGUGUGUGUGUGUGUGUGUGUGUAUGUAUGUAUCAUGUUUCCUCUAUAGUACCAAUUUGAGUUUAGCGUUUCAAAUAAUGAUAAAUGGUUUUCAUUUUCAUUACAACAUCUCUUAAAGAAUAAGGUAAUUUUUCUUUGAGGUGUUGAUUUAGGCUUUUUGGUAAGUAUUAAAAUGUUCACCAACCAAAGGUUAUGGUCUUACUGACCUUUCCAGUAUAUUCUUUAUUCUUCAGAACAAAUGAAGUCAUAUAUAGAUUGAAUUGGGUAAAGCAGUUGCUUCUACUCCUUUAUUUCUCUUAGGCAACACAGUUGCCAGUCCAAGAUAAGUCAGGGCUAAAUAUGACAAAUCACAACAUUUAGUUGAUCCCCUAAGAGUAAUUUUUAUUUUUUUCUAUACUAAGCAUUGAACCCAGGGCCUCUCGAAUGCUAGGCCAGUACUCUGCCACUGA